AAAGUUGUCCGGUUUAUAUACAACUUGUUGUAGUCUAAUACGAAUAAUUAACUGCUUUGUUAAAUUAAAAUUGCCUAGCUUGAAGUACAAGCAUUGAAGCUAAAUAUGGUUUCAAUCUUUUAAUUUGCUAAUGUUACGAAUUUUCAUUGAAAUGUUAAUUGGAGUACUAUUUUUGAUGAAAAAUAUUGUUUCAUAGUUUAUAUCACUGCAACACGAAAGGGCCAUAGGGAGGAUUUAAUUUCCUUGCCAAAACACUUGAUUUCCUUGCAAAAUGCAUUACCUCGCAAGUUUUCCUCGCAUAAACUUCGUCGCGAAAGGUAUUCGCGAGGAAAAUUUAUAUUUCCUCGCCUAUUCUACCACAAUUGGCGAGGAAUUUUUUCCUUGCAAAUACCAUUCGUUGUCAAAAAAAAAUUCUGCCAUUUUGUCGCAAAAGGCUACGAAUUUACUACUACCAACAAUAAUACGAGGAAACUUUUUGGCCCCAUGUAUCGAACAACACAACGCUAGUUGAUAAAAAAAAUACUUCAUAUUUUUUAUAAUCUUGUAUUCGAUUAACGCUAGCAUUGAUCUCAUUCUAUGAAUUAAAAAAUAUAUGUGUAGUAGAAAAUGAAUUUGAAGUAUCAUGUGAUGUUACCCCAGAAGCAUAGAAUGAUUUUUUUCUCCUCAUAUUUUUUUCUCCUCCGUCAAUUUGGUAAAGAGGGAUUCAUAGAAAAGAAAAUUCUAAAAAAUUACGAUUGAGGAUUUGGAUGUUUUUUCUCCACAUCCAAAACCCAAUUCCUUCGAAUCCCAUUUUCUUAAUUCCUCUAAAUCCCAAGCCUCAAAGUCUACUUACUCUCCUUUUCAUUCAACUCCUCUAUUUAGUAUACCAUUUAUCUCAUGCCUCUGUUUUCUACAGAAUCAAAGCCUAAAGAAACUAUUCCCCAAUGCAAAACCGUGCGCCUCCGCGGCAACCACAACAAGUACCUCUCCGCCAAAGAAGACGAAAUAUCCGUAACCCAAGAUGAGAGCGGCUCUUCCAAAAACGUCUAUUGGAUCGUCGAAUUCUCUUCCGAAUCAGAAAACAAAAUCUGUCUCAAGAGCUGCUAUGGCAAGUACCUCACUGCAUGCCUCCAACAGGCGCUUCAUCCUCGUCUUGACCGGCUACAAAGUCCUCCAGAUGGCCGGCUUCCCCGACUCGUCGGAGGAAUGGGAGCCGAUACAAGAAGGGAAUCAGGUGAAGCUUAGGAUGCGGGACGGAAACUUUCUGCGGGCCAAUGGCGGCUUUCCACCAUGGCUGGAUUCGGUCACCCAUGAUGUUCCUUGGGUAUUACAGGAUUUGGUCCUUUGGGAUGUUGAAGCGGUUGAUAUUGUGUCGGAUCAAUCGCCGCAACUAAAACCGGGUGUUCAGUUGGAAUCAUCGGGGCCUGGGUCGAGCUCGGAGUCGAAUCAUCGGCAUAAGUCCCCCAGUUGUGUAAGACAAGAGAAUCAAAGCGUAAUGGAGCGAUUCCACAACGCAAAAGCCGUGCGCCUCCGCAGCAACCACAACAAGUUCCUCUCCGCCAAAGAAGACGAAAUAUCUGUAGCCCAAGACGAGAGCGGCUCUUUAAAAAACGCCUGCUGGACGGUCGAAUUCUCCUCCGAAUCCAAAAACAAAAUCUAUCUCAAGAGCUGCUACGGCAAGUACCUCACCGCCUCCAACAAACGCUUCCUCCUCGGAAUGACUGGCCGCAAAAUCCUGCAGAUGGACGGCUUCCUCGACUCGUCAAUGGAGUGGCAGCCGAUGUGGGAAGGGAAUCAAGUGAAGCUCAGGACGCCAAACAGGAAAUAUUUAUGUGCCAAUGACAACGUUUGGCCAUGGCGGGAUUCAGUUACCCAUGAUAUUCCGUAUCGGACAGCUAAAAAGGAUUGGAUCCUUUGGGAUGUUGAUGUGGUUGAGAUUGUGUCAAAACAGUCCCCACAACCAAAACCGGGUGUUCAGUUUGAAUUGUCGGAGUCCAGGUCGAGCUCGGAGUCAGAAUCAUCGGCAUAAGCCCCCCAAUUUUGUAAGACAAGAGUUGAAUGACUCUAAGUGUAGUUCAGCGUCUGAGGCCGCGGAUGGAUAUUCGAAUGUGAAUGAGGGUUUGAAGGAGCUUUCUUUCAUGUUCUUGGGGAAUGGUCUUGAUGAAAUGGCUAAUAGACUAGAGGAGGAGACGAGGCUUGAAUAAAUAAUAGUGUGCUCCCGCGGUUCAGAACUUUCACUUUAAUGGAACCUACAAUAUUAUCAUGUCUUGGUAGCACGUUUGCACGGGGUCAGAUUCUGUCCAGUCACCCCGACCAAUUUCGUCCAGUUUUUUGCUUUUUUCUAAGGUGUUUUGGAUAUUUUGUAAUAAAAUUUUACCCGAACAAAUCUGCGUCGUUCAAAACAUUUUUGGACGGCUCCAAUUCAAAAACUUGACGAAGCUGGUCGGGGGUGAUUACAUGCUCUUUUUUUCUAGUUUCUUGAGCAGAAAAUUGCGUGUAUGUCUAGUUUUGCACGCAUUAACUGAAAACCUAAUUCCCGCUAAGUUUGAGGUAUAAAAGCAGGGGUAAUCCUUGUGUGUGCAUUUUUCGAGCUCGUGGGAAUGA